AUGACAGGUAAUGAUGGUCAUCGAAACACCGAGAAGGCCAUUUUGGAUCGAGAUGAUUACUUGGGUCAUUUGAACAAAAUUAUUGAUAAGAUUCGUUGUACUAAUGAUUUCAAUCGCGUUGCUAGAAAGGUUCAGGCAGUAUCGGCUUCAGCUGACCGUCUGGUUUUGGAAAUGAUUGUGGAGGAAGAACAUGUGAAUAGUAAAAAAACAUUACAUGGAGGUCAAACAGCAGCGUUGGUUGAUAUGAUCACUGCGCGAGCUGUUGGAAUGACUGUAAGAGAUAAAGUUAUGGUUUCUGUGGAACUUUCAGUUAGCUACAUGUUGCCCGUAAAACUUGGCGACGUAGUUGAGAUUGAAGCAAAAGUCUUGAAAAUUGGUCGAAAUAUUGCUUUCACGGAAGCAGAAUUCCGGAGGAAGAGUGAUGGUCGGCUGGUUGCUAAGGGAAAGCACACCAUAGCAUUCGUUUCACAGACAACAGCAUCUGAUGACAAAUCCUACGGGCAAUUCUAG